AUGAAGCGCCGGGUUGCGAUCAAGCGUGGGACCGUCGCGCAGGGGCAGCGCAAGAAGCGCGCGCUUGGCGACGACGCGUUUGAUUGGUCAGGAAACAAGCAGAAAACAGGCGAGGAGAAGGACGUGAUUGCGUCGGACAGCAAGGGCAGUGAGCAGAGCAAGAGUGGCGACGAGAGCGGGAAGGAAGAGGAGGAGGAAGAAAAGGAUGAAGAGACCGCGCAGGAGAAGCAUCUGCGGCUUGCAAAAGAGUACCUGGGCAAGAUCACUGCACAAGAGACAGGCGGCGGUACGGACAAUGAGGCUGGCGAUGACGGCGGCGUCGAGGGGCACGUGGGUGCGAGACUGCAGCAAGACGCACUGGAAGCUAUGGGCAAGUUGUUUAAGAAGGUGGCGGUGGAUUAUACGGCGUUCGAGUUCGACGUGGACUCGAUCAAGUUUUUGAACGGCCACCGCCUGCCUGUGACUAGUCUCUGUCUGGUGGAGGAUGGUAAGACGGUCUUCUCGGCGGCUAAAGAUGGGUCGAUGCUGCGGUGGGAUUUGGCUCAGCUGACCAAGACGAAACUUGUGCUGCCGAAAGAUGACGUUGCAGCUGAGAAAGCCACGACGGAUACAAGUCGAUGCAUCUUGGCGCUGGCUGUUAGCUCGGACGGCAAGUUUCUGGCCAGCGGAGGUCGUGACAAACUUGUGCGUGUAUGGGAUGUGGAAAAGAGUGAGUUGCUGGAAAGUUUCUUGGGACACCGCGAUGCAGUGUCGGCGCUGGCGUUCCGUUUGCGCUCGCACUCGCUGUUCUCAGGAUCGUUUGACCGCUCGAUUAAGCACUGGAACCUUACGGAAAUGGGGUAUGUCGAGACACUGUUUGGACACCAAAGUGAAGUGAACGGACUCGAUAGUUUAUAUAAAGAGCGUGUCGUUAGUUGUGGUCGAGAUCGCAGUGUGCGUGUGUGGAAGAUCCCGGAAGAAACCCAACUUGUGUUUUAUGGCAAUUCAGGCUCCAUGGACUGUGUUAGGAUGAUCACGGAUGAGUACUACGUCACAGGUGGCGACGAUGGGUCCCUGUCACUUUGGUUUAAUGGACGAAAGAAACCCGUCUACGUCAAAUCGAAUGCUCACGGUGGUAAAUGGAUCAGUAGUCUAGCGGUAAUGCCGCGCACGGAUCUUGUUGCAUCCGGAUCGAGCGAUGGUCAGAUCCGGUUGUGGCAGGCUGACUUGCAGGGACGGGCAAUAACAUCUGUGGCCACGAUCCCACUAGAAGGUUUUGUGAACGCUCUGUGUUUUGACCCGAAAGCUCGGUUUUUGGUAGCAGGUGUAGGCCAGGAGCACCGUCUUGGCCGAUGGGAAAAGCUGAAGGUUAAGAACGGCAUCGCGCUUAUUGCUUUACCAACCAUAAGUGGCGAGCAAACACAGGAUAAACACGAAGAAGAGAGUACCGACAGCGACGACGAGUCGUAA